UAAAAGCAGACUGAUAAAUUAAAAAACACUUAUUCUAAUUUGUUUCUAAAAUGUGUAUCUGUAUAUAUAUAUAGAUAUAGAUAGAUAGAGAGAGAGAGAGAUUUUCUACUGCCAAACCAGGAGUGGUAUAGAUACAUUACAAUCGAUACAUGCAUUAUUAGCAGGGCCUAACAUAUAUAUUAUUUUUCUUAAAUCACAAGUAGCAUGAACAACCCACAGAACCCAGUGUCAUUGGAUCCUUGGAGCUUCGUUGUAUCAUUUCUAUUAAGAAACACCCCCAAUAAUCUUCACUCACAAUAAGUGUAAUAGUAGCUGAACGUAGUAUCUCUUAAGAUGUUUAUUGCUUCUUUUUGUUUCUUUGUGGGUUUAAUGUAAUUGAAUGUGGUGAGCCACACAAAUAAAAGUUGACUGUUCUCCAUGGUAUAUUGGCACAGGUAGCAAUACCUAGGUAGAAUAUAAAAAAAACCUGUCACAUAAAAGCAAAAUUACCUACCUGAACAGCUGUCAUCUCAUAAAUUAGAAGCAUUUGAUAGGCUUAUUCUGACGGCUAAUUAAAAGGGAGAAAGUUUCAACGGGCAAAAACAAAUCUAAGACAGAAAGACAAAAGGCUGAGGAGCUACUCGACUCUUUGCUGCUUAGUCACACAUGCCUGCUGGCAAAUGAAAGAAUGAUUAAGAUACUGUUAACACUUUCAAACCUGACUGAACUGCCAGCUUCAUUCCACACAUUCCUCUGCUUCUCUUCUAACACCCCGUCUGCGUUUUUCUGAUGUGUUGUAACAAACACCUGUGAUCAGUGAUCAAAAGACAAACCGUGCUGAGAUGUGCGAGGGUGUGGGAAUCGGUGUGUGCGUGGAGCGUGUGAUGAUUCACUGUUAAUUGUCGAGACCUGCCUGCUCUGCACUACAGGUUGGCAGGCCGUUCUCGGCAGGGUGAUGGGGUGUGUGUGUGUCUCCUGUUAGAAGACAUCUCUUUUACAGAAAAGACAGGUGGCCAUGAUCUAUGGCCUCUUACGGGAAUCGCCCCCCUGACUGCUGCUUCAGUGAGAGCCAAUGAAAGCUCAGUAUAGGCUUGGAUGCAUACAUGCACAUGCACAAACACGGCUAUUACGGUAAUAACGCGGUGACAUAACUACUGUUUGUGACACAGCAACGUGCAAGGAGUGAGAAAGAGAACAAAUUCAGGCUGCACCGAGACGACUCUUCAGACACGCUCCUCGGUAAAUAAGCAGAGUGUCACACCACCUCCGCUUUCCCUUCACACACAUGCGCUCGCCCAGCUUUUUCCUCUCUUCCCCAAUUCUUUCUGCUGCAGACAAACACGCGCGUGUACACACCCAGUCUCACACCACCACCACCACCAGCCAGCCAUUCGCUCCUCACUCACACCCUCAAAUCUUACCAAGCUGAGCUCUCCCUGCUCAGAGGCAGACAGGAGCAGCACGGCAGCCUGCUAAAGGAGUUGAGGGAAGGAGCAGCAGUGUCAGGGAGAGAGAGAGUUUGAGGAGAGAGAGUGAGGAGGGAGGGGGAUGAAAGAGUGAAGGGAGACCAACCCAAGAGAGAGCACUGCUCCCCAUAUGCUGAGGAGGCAUGGGCGGUUGAACAAGCUGCCCCCACUGAAGCCUCCUGACUCAUGGGAGCGUCAGACCCCGAUCCCCAGAGAGCCUGGAAAUGCUGCCGAACCACGCGCAAGAGAGAAGGAGGGGAGCCAGAGAGUAGAGGAAAAAAAAAGUCCAAGGAGAGGAGAGGGAAGAAAGCCACAACGGUAGGCUGUCCCAACUCAACUGCUGUGCCGUGAUGACGUCAGAGGGCAUGUGACCCAGGCUCUCCAGUGACGGCACAUGGAGGGCAGGAAAGAGACGAGUUUUAAAGCUGGUGCCUUUUGGGUUGUGUGAGGGCUCUGCUCGCCUCCCAAACAACCACAGAACCACAGACGUGCGGCUCGGGGUUGGUGUUUGAGGGCGACCUGGAGUGUAAAUGGUUAAUCGUCGCGGGCCAGCACCAGUCACAAGGACGGCGCUAAGCGAGUAAGACGUGUCAAGGGUCAAGGAAACCACAGAAGAACAAAAGUGGGGCUUGCUGCAACCAGAGGCAGCUAUGGCAUCUAACAGCCUUUUCAGCACAGUGACACCAUGUCAGCAAAACUUCUUCUGGGAUCCCAGCGCCAGUCGGAGGUUCAGUCCGCCGUCCAGUAGCCUCCAGCCGGUCCCAGGAAAGAUGAACGAUGUGAGCUCUCCAGCCGGGCAGCCGGACGCAGCGGCGGCGGUGCCAAGACUGCGCCCCCACGAAAACCGCAGUAUGGCCGAGAUCAUCGCGGACCACCCGGCCGAGCUAGUGAGGACCGACAGCCCCAACUUUCUCUGUUCGGUCCUGCCCUCCCACUGGCGGUGCAACAAGACUCUACCCGUCGCUUUUAAGGUGGUAGCCCUGGGAGAUAUACCUGAUGGGACCGUUGUCACCGUAAUGGCGGGCAACGAUGAGAACUACUCUGCUGAGCUGCGGAACGCCUCAGGCGUGAUGAAGAACCAAGUAGCACGUUUCAAUGACCUCCGUUUUGUGGGCCGCAGCGGCAGAGGCAAGAGCUUCACUCUGACAAUCACAGUAUUCACCAACCCGCCACAAGUGGCCACUUACCACCGAGCCAUAAAGGUCACCGUGGACGGACCUCGUGAGCCCAGGAGGCAUCGUCAGAAGCUCGAGGAUCCUCCCAAAACUGGUCUGUUCUCCGACCGCCUCAGCGAGCUAGAGAGGAUGAGGGUGAGGGUUGCCGUUCCGACACAAGCUCCCCGGCCAGCUCUCAACACAGCGGCCAACUCCUUCAACCCACAGGGACAGACGCAGAUAACAGACCCUCGUCAGUCCCAGUCCUCUCCUCCCUGGUCGUACGAACAGACGUAUCCGUCCUACCUGAGUCCCAUGGCGUCCCCCUCGGUCCACUCCACCACCCCCCUCUCCUCCAGCCGAGGCACAGGUCUGCCUGCCAUCAGUGACGUGCCUAGACGAUUGCCAGGUUCCUCUGACCUGAGCCCAUUCCCCGGUCAGUUCGAGCGCCAGUUCCCGAGCCUCUCCUCCCUCACAGAAAGCCGUUUCUCCAGCCCUCGGAUGCACUACCCGGCAACCUUCACCUACACCCCGCCCGUCACCUCGGCCAUGUCGCUGGGCAGCGCCCACUACCACACCUACCUUCCCCCUCCGUACCCGGGCUCCACCCAGAGUCAGAGCGGACCCUUCCAGACCAGCAGCACGCCCUAUCUCUACUACGGGACGUCCUCCAACACGUACCAGUUCUCCAUGGUUCCCGGCGGGGACCGCUCGCCGUCCCGGAUGAUCCCGCCUUGCACUAGCGCCUCCACGGGCACAUCCCUGGUGAACCCUAACCUGCCCAGCCAGACAGAGGGAGGGGUGGACGGCGACGGAAGCCACAGUAACUCCCCGACUGUUCUCAACCCCGGAGGCCGCAUGGAUGAAGCAGUUUGGAGGCCAUAUUGAAGAAGGCAGAGAGAUAAGAAGUCAACUGAUGUCAUGGUUUGAAAGCACAAAACCUUUUUUUUUUUUUUUUUAAAUAAAAAGGGGAUUUUUGAGCUUACAUCAGCUGUCUCUACCUUUGGAAAUUAAGGUUGAGAUUAAAAAAAAAGAUGGAGAGAGCAAGAGAGACCAAACGUGUGUGGACUUGUCCUCCUGGAAUGUGUUUAGACCGUGGCGCUACAAAGGGAGUCGGUUUCAAAGCAAUAAUGAAAAAGACAGUUUUGGUUUACUAGGCCCAAGUGGAUGAGACAUUAUUUCAGUUUUAUUCUAGUCCACAAAGCUAAAGGGAUGCUUCGACGAUAUUUGUUAAAGACUGCCUCUUUUGUACAGUGUUUGUAUUUCUUCAAGGCUUUUUUUGCAGAGCAUGUUUUUUGUGGUUUUUUUGUACUACGACAAUAUCAAGAUGCAAGUUAAGCACUGAGUAGCAAGUAAUAAGAGUAACGCAUAUGUUACUUUAAGUGGUGUGGACAGUAAAUUUUGCUUUAAACCGAUUAAUUUAACUUGUAUAUUGUGGGUGAAACGAUGUAGAUUGAGGCGUUUUCUUCGUUUUAACUUAUAAAGCCAUAAAUUAUGUAUUGUAUUUGAAACUUGAGUCAAAGAAAGGUAAUCUGAAUAUUUUUGAUGCAUCUAUAUGACUAAGUUAAAAUGAUUUUUUUUUUUUUUUGAUAGGUAAUUUAAGAAAGUAAGUUUUGUUUUUUGUUUUUCUGGUAGCACCCAAAGAUUUAAAAUCGUGUUGAAUAUGAAAUGUAAUUUCCAAAGAGUAUUGCAACAUUUUUUUUUUUUCUGGUGUAACUUUCAGUUUAACUGCUCUACACAUCCAGAGCCCAACAUCCUCGCGAGGCGUUGACACACAUUUGGCUCGGAAUUAAACCUUUGGUAUUUAUUGAGCAAUAACUCGUAUUGUGCCUCUUGGCAACAUACCAUUAAAGAGAGUUUCAAUGGGGGAAAAUAAUUAUCCGUUUGGGGAAAUUCUGCUUGAUUUCUUUGCUCUGUCUAGUCUGACAUGCACACAGAUACUUAUGUAUUUUCUCUUCCAAAUAAGAAAUGGUGCAUUUAGACACGAAUUGACGUCCAGCCCAAAGAUGAUUGCAGUGGGUACCGCGCCUAAUGGCCCACUUUAAAAGAGGCAGGUCAGACUUUAAGGAUCACUUAUUUUGUGAUACAUGAACUCCUCAGGACUGGAAGAAUCCUUGGUUGAUCCCACAGAUUUGCUAUAUCUGCGUUUCUUUUUUUCAUACCCAGCCUGGCUGAAAGCACGGUCAAGAUUAUAGCUCUGACAUGCCAAGUCUAUUAUAGCUUUCAUAUCAUAUGUAAAAGAUAGCUUUGAAAAAGUCUGUCUUAGUGCGCGACACACACACAGGUUUGUAUUUUUUUUCUUGCUUUCUGUCUUUUGGGUUGAAGAGGAAAUCGCAGAGAAACAAAAGAGACUCUGAUGUUCCUUUCGGCUUUUAUUUAUUUUCCAAUUUUUACUCGGGGUUUACCGAAUUGAUUUUACCCUCUUUACUGGCUAAUGUCAACAAUAAGGGUCUAAAUCUAAAAUCUCUCUGUGGGUUUGAUAUGAGGGGAGGUCUGAGUUUUAAAAUUACCGUGCGAGAUUCUAAAAUGUGUUGAAGUUGAAGGGGAAAAAGUGCAAAAACAACAACCAAAAAACACACAAAAAAAACAGAGUGGUGAUUGGAUUCAGCUGCUGGCAGCAAACUGGUAACCAAAAAAUAUGGGAGACUUGUGUAUGUUUGUUUCAUAAAGCACUUAUUUCUUGUUUUAUUUCUAGCAGCACUUGCGGCAGGCUGCCAGCAGGGCUCGUGGUUUUGGUCCUCAGUGGAGAUGUAACGCCACUGGAGUCACACACACACACACACACAGAAUGGAUAACACUUGGCCAAACAAGCCAUUUAUAUUGGAGUUUAAUCUGAUCUCACAAGGCAGUUGGCAUUUGUUAAAAAAAAAAAAAAGCAUUUCUUUUCUUGCUUUCAUACAGUAUGAUACUGAGUGCAUGAAGGUAAUAUAAUAACCCAAUUUUAAAAAGCUGAGAAAAACAUGGCCCUGUCCAAGGAUCAGACUUCAAGCUUUUCAUUUAAGAUUUGCACGCACACUCUGCAGAGGAUCUUCUCAACUCACACACACACACAUUUCUCCAGCAGCUUCAGCCCAGCACGAAAAGUACUUUUGCUGUUAGAGCGUAACAUAAAUAAACAAAUUCAAAAACCUUUUAGAUUGCUGUGAUUUUAUAGCAUUUUCCCAAAUACUAUGCACAUCUGUUGGAAUUUAUUUAAUCUGCUUCACAAAUCUUUUAAAAACUGUUUACACCUAAGCGCAGCACUGACACCCUAACCUGUCCUCAUCUGCUUCUGUUUGGGGUUUUUGUUGUUCCUCAAAAUACAAAGGUUCAUUUUUUAAUUUUUUUUUUAAAUUUUAAUGUUGCGUACAAACUGUCAUUAAAAAAACUUGUAUUAUUCAUUGAUCAACAUGUAUGAUAUCCAGGAAUUGUACCUGCUCUUAUGUAAAGUUUACUCGUUAUUUCUAUUGUUAUGCUCCUUCUCAUGAACACUUGUCAGGAAACUCAAUCUAAUGGAGACUCUGUUAGACUUUGCUGGUACGUUUCAUAAAGAUCAUAAUUUGUUUUUCGAUUGUUUUGUUUGUUUUUUUUAAGGGAAACACAGACCUGACAACAGUGAGUGAAAUUGGCAUUGUGAUUGUACAUUUUUGUUUAUUUUAAGAAUAAAAUAGGAAUUUUGUAACUUACUUUUCCCCCCACCCAUCAGAAUCUUGUUUCUCCACCAAAAUCAGUUUUUCUUUCACCUUAAUAGUAAUAAUUAUAAUGCAGUUUAUGUUCAAUGGGGACCCCAGAAGACUUCCCUGUGCUUAUCUGACUCUGAGGUACACACAUUUACUUUAGGAACCACUGCUGUUACAAAAUUACAGCCGUGUGAUGAGGAAACUUGGAGUGGGAAAACGUAGCCAGGUAAUUGCAUUUCCUUAUACAGGUUCUCUAAUUUAAGAGCCUUAGCUUUCUGGGUAUUGGUUUCGGUUUCCUCUACCUAUUUCAAAAUAAAAGCCAUCACUCGGUCCACUCUUAAUCGCCUGUGCACACUUAGCAGUCAUCACUGGUUCGAUCUCUCCCUCAAAUACGCUGAUCUUUGCAGCGUCUUGGUCGUGUCAUCUCUUGUCUGCCGCUCCGUCUGCACCAACAUUGUCUUUGGAUGCGGGACUGAGGCGGUGUAGAACCUCCGUCCCUAACUGCACGCUCAGCCGGCGCACUACUGCAAAUGACAUGGCUGCAUUUCAAAGGUGCAGCGAAAACCCCAAGAGAUGGAGACAGGGAGAACCAGGGGAAGCUGUUUAAUAUUAUUCCAAGACAUAAUAGAGCCAAUCCAAGCGCGCACGUACACAAGCUGAAACAGAGACGGAGAGGGAGAUCUACAGCAUCCCCAUGUGUUUUUUUUAUGGUCCAGAUUGGGGAACAUUCUCGGGAUUUCCCUGAAUAUAGAUUGCGUGGAAAAAGCUCCUGCUGGUUUCAGGUUCACAUUCUCAGCGUUCUCAGCCAUGUCUAGCAAUUAUCAUAAUGAACUCCGGAGGAGCAGCGGGACCCAGACACCCAGGGAAAUUAGCAUAAUGUCCUCCAUGCACGGGAGAGACAGCAGCGCCGAGGCAGACUCGUUUAAAGAGGGGUUGGAAUAGAGCUUUUUGUCCCUGUUAAAUUUUGGUGGUUGAACAUGAUGCCAGCAAUGAUGUGCGCUUGAUUUUUAUACCAGGUUGUAAGUAGUUUUGCAGCAGCACAGCUCAGACUGCAUUUUCUUCCUUAUAUUAUGUAAUCAACUGACAGGAAUACAAACAAGAGUUUAUGAGGAGACAAAACCACUCCACUCAAAGGACUGUGCACAGAUACACACACACA